AUGAUAUUUUUAGCUUCUAUUUUACAAGGACAACAUCAAGCCAUUCAUACAGCUUGUAUGUAAUAUAUAUGGAUGACAAAAUUGAACGUCGAAUAUGUUUGUGUUUGGAAAAAGAAAAAUUUUUCGGUGUGAGUGGUGAACAAAAAAAAAUCAAACAUAAAUGUGGAGAAUGACGUCGAUAAAAUAUUAUCAUCAUAACACACACACACACACACAUCACAUCACAUAUUCAUACAGUGAAUGAUUUGAACAAGAAUUGUUAUUUUUUUCUAUAUUCAUCAAAUUAAUUCUGUAAUCUGUGAAAAAUUUGUCAUUUUUUCCAUUUUCAUCUUUACUGAUCGUAUAAUGCCAUUCAUCAACUGAAUUAUUGUCGGUGCAAAUGUUUUGGUAUAACAAACAAUCAUGUCUAGCGAUUGUAAUAAUAAACUCAUCAUCGAUGACGACAAUGGUUAUGGCCAAAUCAAAAUGUCCACAUUUAUGGCCAUGAAAUUCGCCAAAACAUUUAUACGAAAAUAUUUUCCAAACAUCAAAAUCAACGCUAGCCGCAAUCAUGAUAAAGGACCACCAUCACCUCGACUAGAUGAACUAUUCAAUUUUAAUCCAAUGGCAAGCCAAUUGAUUUCAUCAUAUCAAAAAAAGAUUUGCCAUUAUGAUAAACAACAAUGGGAUCGGACAUCGGCUGCGAUUACCAUGACAAUGACCCCUGAAGAUCAAAUCAUAUCUCGUACAGAUCAUAUGACAACGGCCGCCGAAAAUAAACCAUCUACAUGUACACCAUCUCAGCGAUCAUCAAACAAAUCAAAUUCAACUACGACAGCUCCAAAUAAUAUAAUAAAUGCUGAUUUAAUCGAUUUGGAUCUAAUAUCCGGUUCAGCCUAUACUAUGAAAUCUAAAUCACAACAAGGAUGGAUAUCGAUGCUAUUUCAGGCAAUAUUACGUGUCGUAUUCUUUCCAUUAUAUUUACGAUGGUGGGCUGAACAAACUAGUGCUUGUUUAGUCGCAUUAUUAUUCAUUUUGUACAUUAUGCAAAUCAUUUCGAUUCGGUUUUAUUAUCAGAAAAAUUUAUCUACAUUUAACAAUACGUCAUUCACGAAUUCAUCUUCAACAUCGAAUUCAAUGAAAUCGAAUGAAUUUGCCGAAAUUUCUGCAACAGAAGUUCUAAUGCCUAUUGCAAUGAUGAUUGUAUUAGGUAUUAUACAUACACAAAUUGUUGGCACCAAAAGUUUCAAAUCGUCAUCAUCAUCUUCAUCAUCAUCAUCAUCUGGAUCAUCAUCGUCUUAUUCGGUGAACAAUCAUUCGAAUUUAUCAUCGACCAAUAAUGUUCGAAAAACUCAUCAUCAUCAUCAUUCAAGCUCACACCAAACCGAUUGUUCAUCUACAUCCGGUAAUUCAUCAAGUAGUAGUAGCACAAGUUCGUCGGUGGAUUCAUCACCGGUUGCGAAUGUACGUCAACGUAUACAAAACCGGAUGGCACGUUUAGAGAAAUUUAAAAAUGAUGAUAAACAUCAUUCAUCAAAUUCUUCGCCGACAAAUUCCACGAAACCACCCCUACCAAAAACGAAUCCAAUUAAUUUACCUAAAAUUCGAUUCUUCAAAGAAAAUGAAAAUCAAACUAUUAAUCGAUCAUUCGAUGCUGAUGAUGAUAACAUGAUGCAUGAUUUUCCAGUUAUUCCUCCACGAAAACGUGCUGAUUCGCUGCCUAAAUCAUGGUCUAAAAAUAAACUUCGUAAACCAAGUCGACUCCGAAUUUCUAAAUCGACAAGACAUUCGUUAACAUCAUCAUGGAGUUAUGACGAUGAUCAUCUGAAUUCAUCACCUGUUUCAUUAAGAUCGAGCUUAUAUGGUAGUUCAAUCGAUUCGGAAGGAACAAUUUCACCAAUGACGCCAACUAUUUUACAGGGCGAUGAAUGGCCUGCCGUUCAAUCGGAUGCUUCAUCUGACGAAGAGAAUAAUAAUGCUCAUCAUGAUGAUGCCUAUCAUAGUGGCGAUUAUUAUCAAAAUCAUUCCGGUAUUCGAAAUUCACAGCAAAAAAUCCGUCAUCGUCAAUCAACAUCAAUCGAUGGAGACUGUGGAAAUCAGGAUCAAACAUCUAAUCUAUUGAAUAAAAGUGAUAAAACUUCACAAAUUAAUAUGAUAGAGAAUGGUCCGACCAAUAUGCAACCAACCACACCAGUAACAACAACCUCAGUACAAACUGCAUCUAAUGAAUUGAAAGUGAGCUGUUCAUUGUGGCAACAUAAUGUUUGUCAAAAGUUUGACUUAUCCGUUGUCGAUAUUAGUUCGUCGAUUAUACGAAAAGUAGAAACGGUCGAACAUAGUAAUGAAUACAUCUACUUAGGAAUUUUAUUUUCACUCACCGUAUCAUUGAUACCAUCGAUUUAUCGUCUACAAUAUUCGACCAAAGAUGGUCCAAGUAUUGCCCAGAUAUUGAAUUCAUCUUCAUUAGCUGCUGCUGUUACACAACCAGUAGCCGCAGCAGCAUCAAUGAUGCCGGCUGAUGUAUUACAUUUAUCCGAUCUUUAUGGAUUAUGGAAUUUUUUUCUUGAUGAAGCAUUUUAUUUCAAUCGUAAUACACGUGUUCGUUUCGUUAUAAUCACAGCACUGAUCGAACGUUUUGUAUUAAGUCUAAUCUUUUUCUUUUUACUUUGCGUUACUGAACGAACCUUUAAACAGCGUUUUCUGUAUUCGAAAUAUUUUUCACACAUUACACGACGUGAUCGUGCAAAACGUUCACAAAUUCCACAUUUUCGUUUACACAAAGUACGAAAUCUCAAAGUAUGGCUUUCGGUUCGAUCCUAUUUACGACGAUAUGGUCCACAUCGUUCGGUCGAUACAAUCUGCUCGACAACGUUCAUUAUGUCCAUUUGUUUAUUAACAUGUAUUAGCCUACAAAUCCUUAAAGAUUCAAAUGAAUCCUGUACAACGCGAUUGAUUUGUUGGGAAAUGAUAUUCUGGAGUCUUGCAAUGGGCAUAUACAUUAUGCGUCUUAUGAUUCUGGGUUCUCGAAUCAAUCAGAAAUAUCGUUCCAAUUUAUCCGUAUUGAUUACUGAACAAAUUAAUCUUUAUCUUCAAUUAGAACGUAAACCACAUAAGAAAGAUGCCUUAAUGUUGGCUAAUCAGGUCUUGAAAUUAGCCGUGGAUCUACUCAAAGAGCUUGAAUCACCAUAUAAGAUCUCAGGUUUUAGCGCCAAUCCAUAUCUAUAUAAUAUAACAAAAGUAGUAGUGUUGUCCGCUUUUUCUGCUGUACUAACCGAGAUGCUUGGUUUUAAGUUGAAAUUGUAUAAAAUCAAAUUGAUACGUUAAACACAUUUUCCGUUUUGUGAUAUUGUUCCAAACCACACCACCAACUUUUACCAAGCUAGUUAAUUACACUAACAAAUAACUAAUUGUGAUUGUCGUACAAUUUAUUUUAUGUGAUCAUGGUUUGAAUUGAAAAGAAUCAAGUCUAUUUUUUUGUUGAAUUG